AUGGCGAUCAUCAAGAAAUUAAUGACGGCAGCACUGCUCAUUGUCGCAGUGCAGAGUUUAGGGCGUCAAGUUUACAAACCGACAGACGAAGAUUUUUUUCUACUGCCGCAGCAGAUUGUGCCCGUUCAUUACAAUAUACGAUUAAUACCACACAUCGUAGAAGGUAACUUCACUACCAACGGCGAAACAAGCAUUGAUGUGAAGGUGCUUGAGCCGACUGACGUCGUUGUGUUGCACAUCAUGGAGCUUACGAUAGACGAAUCGCAAACGAGGAUGACUUGCAAAGACGAACAUGCACUGUAUUACGUCCCAAAGCGACAUGACUACAAUAAUAGAUCAGAAAUUUUAACUCUGCAAUUCGACAAGCCCUUGGACAUCGGCGUGUACACGCUAUACCUGAAAUUCAUGGGUGUGAUCUCAUCCUUGAAUCAUGGACUCUACAGGAGCUUUUACAUUGAUAACGAAGGCAACAAAGUGUGGUUGGCAGUAACGCGUUUCCAACCGGUCCACGCACGACAGGCGUUUCCGUGUUGGGACGAGCCUGCCAUGAAAGCAACCUUUAAAUUAUCCAUAAAGCAUUAUCCCAAUUAUACUGCCUUGUCAAACAUGCCGUCCUCCCGGUCGCAAGUCGAUGAGACGGACGGAAAAGUGUGGACCCGCUUUGAGACGACGCCUGUGAUGCCCACCAACGUGCUGGGCUUCGUAAUCGCCGAUUAUGAUCAUAUCUCGAAUUUGGAUGACACCAUGAGAAUAUGGAGUCCGAAGCACUUACUUCAUCUCGCCGCGUUUCCCCUCGAUAUCGCCGAAAAAGCGACGCACGAACUCGAAAAAUUCACAAAUAGUAGCAUACCUGUCCCGAAAAUGGAUCAUGUGGUUGCACCUCAUUAUUCAAGCAUAGCCACCGAGAACUGGGGUAUGAUCGUUUACAGGUUAAAUACGCUAUUAUAUGACGACAACACUCCCUUUGCAACAAAGAUCAAUAGCAACGUAAAUCCGAUCGAUUUCAAACGCUUUAACGUCAUGACAAUCACUCACGAGCUGGCACAUCAGUGGUUCGGCAAUCUAGUCAGUCCGACUUGGUGGAAUUAUCUUUGGCUGAGCGAGGGAAUAUCGACUUACCUUGAGUUCUACAUUACUGACAAGUUUCUCAACGAGUGGCGGCUAAUGGAUUUCUUUGUGGUGGAGGGUGUACAGGCAACGUUAGAUAGAGAUGUAUCAAUAACUGUACCAAUUCAUAGAAAUAUUACAUCGGAUAUUCGAACAGCAUAUACUUACCUCACAUACACGAAAUCCGCUGUCUUAUUGCGAAUGAUGUCGAACUUUUUAACGGAAGAUGUGUUCCGAAACGGUUUGAUAAAAUAUCUUCGAGCGAACGCAUAUGGCAAUACCACGCCAGACGAUCUAUGGAAAGCAAUGCAAAAUGCACUCGACGAAUCGGACGUGCCGCAUGAUGAUUUUAACGUGAAGGAAGUGAUGGACGCUUGGUUUGAACAGCCGAAUUAUCCCAUAGUAACGAUCAAACGUGAUUACACGAAUGGCGAUAUCAAAGCGACACAAAAAAAAGUUUACUCUAGAAACGAAAAUAGCGAGAAAUGGUGGAUUCCUUUAAAUUUCGCGACGCAAACCGACUUAAACUUUUCGUCAACACUGGCCACUCACUGGUUAAGACCUCAGGAUGAGGCUGUAACAAUCGAGGGAGUGGACGUAGACCAUUGGAUCAUCGUGAAUAAACAGUUAACGGGUCUUUACCGUGUAAAUUACGAUCUCACCAAUUGGAAACGGAUCGCUGCAUUUCUCAAUUCUGACGAUUACGUCAAGAUUCCCGCUUUGAACCGCGCCCAGAUCAUCAAUGACGCUUCCUUCCUGAUGAUAAGCCGCCAGCUCGACGUCAUCACUUUUCUCGAAAUCACCAAUUACUUAUCGCGCGAGAUCGACUGUAUCGUGUGGCAGCCGGUAUUAAAAAUUCUUCAAACUAUUGAUACCUAUUUUCAAGUACCCGAAUCGGCAGCGAUCGUUAGGCCGUUCGUCUUCAAUCUGACGCGUAAGAUACUUGAGAAGAUCGGUUUCGACGAUCGUUCUGGUGACGAUCUUUCCACUUUAAGGACUAGAUUCUACCUCGGUCAGUUUGUCUGUAAGUAUGGACAUGCAGAAUGUCAAGCAAAAGCUACCGCCAAGGUACUCGCAUACGUGGAAGAUCCAAUUGCGAAUAAGUAAGUUCUACUGAAACUAUAUAUACGCCUGAAAAAAAUGUUUGCGUUAAUUAUCAAUUUUGCAAUAUUUACUUUUUACAUUUCUAGUACAUUAUUCAUCUUAGAUUAUUGGAUUAUUAAAUUAACAUUUAUAUAUUUUAAACUGAAACAAUCACUCACUGAUCGGGACGAUAGUGGGAAUUACUUUUCCGAGAAAUCACUUAUUCGAGAUAUUAAUAAAGUUCAUCACCAUCUCGUUUCAAAGUACUACAUUAGCGCAUCAUGUCUUUUUCAAUGCAUGAUACUCGAUUAAUUAAUUUUGUGUUAGAAUCCCACGAAAUCAACAAUGGAUCUUAUGCUUUGGUUUGAUGAAAGUAAACGAUACUGUCUGGGACAAAUUUCUGCAAGUGCAAAAUUUGACAUUGGAAUAUCAUCUGACAUUUCUCGGUUGUACGGAGAAUAUGAACAUUGUCGA